AUGCUUGACCUUGAUAUAGGUGCUAAUGAAAAUAAUGAAAGCAAAGUGAUUUGUAUACCAUUUCAGCCUCGACUGAGGAUCAAAGAAUGGGAGAACAGUUUACCGACAGCGGAAAAGGCUGCAGCUAUAGCUUACAGAGAACAAAUACACGAAAAACAUCAUUCUGAGUUCCUUAGCAGAGACAUUCCUGGUGUGAGCAAAGCUAGUAUGGAUAGGCUACGUCAGAUAAUGAACCCAAGACCAGAAGGACCAGGAGAAUUUGAAAAGAGAAUAAACGAAUGGAUAGAUAGUCUACCACCAGAGGAUAAGGCCGCGGCAGAAGCGCACCGAGCAGAAAUGCAUCAAAAACGUGGACCUCCUCCUCCUCCUUCGUCCUAA